CCUCCACAUCACACGCACACACACACCUUCUGCAACCGCAAAGCCCGCUGCUGUGUGACGGGAAGCCACAGGAACGACAGAGAGAACCACCGAGUCUCUCUCACACACACGCACACACACACACGCACUCAGAGAGCGCCUUCCUGACGGACUUUCUUCUCCUCUUGUCAUCCUGUGUGCACUGUAGCGAUCGAGUCUGGAUUUCCUCUCCCCCCGAGUAUGAAAAGGAUUCCCAGGAUUGCCAAAUUAGCCGCAAUCCAGCAGCAGCAAAGAGCAGCAGCAGCAGCAGCAGCAGCAAAGAGCAGCAGCGGCAGCAGCAGAAGAAGAAGAAGCAUCGCCGUCGCCGAGCACCGGAUGCUCCAGCAGAAGUUGUUGGCUGCGCAAGUCACACAGGGGCCGAGACUCGGAGGGGAGCGUCUGAUUAAGGGUCGCUGUGGUGCUGGAGCCUCUUCCUGCAAUCUUCGGGUGAGAGCCCGGGUACACCCUGAACUGGUCACCAGCCCAUCGUCUGCAUCUCAGGAAUGCAUGAGUCUCCACAUAAUGGACCGAGAAUGAACAGAGAACGGCUGAAAAAAAAGCAUGAACUGGAGGUUUAUUAAGGUCAUCUGCUUCCUGUUUAUAUGGGACCAUAUAACAGUUCAGUCUUCCCGCCAGGACCCGUUGGCCACUGAGCAACAUGUCGCCAAGCAGUAUGACUGGCUCAUCUCCGACCGCGGACCGUUCCACCACUCGCGCAGUUAUCUGUCCUUUGUGGAUAGAUUCCGCCAAGGAUUCACGACCAGAUAUAAAAUUUAUAGCCUUCCAUCCAUGUUCUGUUAUCCUUGCUUCAUGGGCGUGCUGGGGCCUGUUCCAGCUAUCUUUGGACGAGGUCUGAGGGAAUUUGCCCGUUGGAAGGUCAGGAACACAGCAAUUGAGAGGCGGGACCUGAUCCGGAAUCCUGUGCCCCUCAUGCCUGAGUUCCAGCGCAGCGUCCGCCUCCUGGGCCGCAGACCCACCACGCAGCAGUUCAUCCACACCAUCAUUAAAAAAUAUGGGACUCACAUUCUCAUCUCGGCCACGCUGGGAGGGGAGGAGGCACUGACGAUGUAUCUGGCCAAAAACAAGCUGGACAGGAAGCUCACCAACGCCACUCAAAAUGUGGAAGCACUCCACCAGCUGGCCUCCUCCUACUUCAUCGACCGCGACGGCACAAUGAGGAAGCUGCACGAGAUCCAGAUCUCCACCAAUGCCAUCAAGGUGACGGAGACACGGACAGGCCCGCUGGGAUGCAGUAGCUAUGACAAUCUAGACUCAGUCAGCUCCGUCCUCUUGCAGAGCCCGGAGAGCAAGCUUCAUCUGCAAGGUCUUCAGGUCAUUUUCCCGGAGUACCUGCAGGAGAAGUUUGUCCAGUCGGCUUUGAGCUACAUUAUGUGUAAUGGAGAAGGGGAGUACUUGUGCCGCAACAACCAGUGCAUCUGCCAGUGUGCCGACGAGUAUCCCCAGUGCAACUGUCCCAUCACCGACAUCCAGAUCAUGGAGAACACAAUGCUGGGCAUGGUGGAGUCAUGGGCAUCCUCCUACAAGGACUUUGAGAACUCUGAUGAGUUCAAGUCUUUCCUGAAGAGGCUGCCCUCCACUCACUUCCUGCCCAUCAACAGUGUGCACUUGCUGUGGGGCAGCGACUGGGACCUGCAGGCUCGCUACAGGCUGCUCCAAGGCUCCCUAGAGGUCCAGCGGCUCAAGAUCCAGCGCACUGCCCGCAAGCUCUUUGGCCUCAGCAUCCGCUGUCACCACAAUCCCAACCACCAGAUGCCUAGGGAGAGGUCAGUGAUGCAGUGGCUCAACCGAGUCCAGUCCUUCCUCUAUUGUAAUGAAAACGGCUUUUGGGGAACCUUCCUGGAAAGCCAACGAACAUGCGUGUGUCACACGGGUGUCACCCUGUGCCAGCGACCAAUCCCUUGCAUCAUCGGGGGCAACAACAGCUGUGCUAUGUGCAGCUUGGCCAACAUUUCACAGUGUGGCUCAUGCAACAAGGGCUACAAAUUGUACCGUGGCCGCUGCGAGCCCCAAAAUGUGGAUUCUGAGCGGAGUGAGCAGUUCAUCAGUUUCGAAACUGACUUGGACUUUCAGGACUUGGAACUGAAGUACCUGCUGCAGAAAAUGGACUCGCGACUGUACAUCCACACGACGUUCAUCAGCAAUGAGAUCCGCCUGGAGACUUUCUUUGACCCACGGUGGCGUAAGCGCAUGUCCCUGACACUCAAAAGUAACAAGAACCGCAUGGACUACCUCCACAUGAUUAUCGGUCUGUCCAUGAAGAUCUGCCAGAUGCGAAACAGCAGCAUCGAACCCAUGUUCUUCGUCUAUGUCAACCCAUUCAGCGGGAGCCAUUCGGAGGGAUGGAGCAUGCCCUUCGGUGAGCACGGUUACCCCCGCUGGGAAAAGGUGCGCCUUCAGAACUCCCAGUGCUUCAACUGGACCCUUUUGCUCGGCAACCGCUGGAAGACCUUCUUUGAGACCGUGCACAUCUACUUAAGGAGCCGAGCCAAGAUCCCCACCGGCCUCCGCAACGACACGGGUCCAGUUGAUCUGGCAGACCCCAAUAAGCGACAGAUCUACAUCAAAAUAUCUGACAUCCAAGUGUUCGGUUACAGCCUGCGCUUCAACGCCGACCUGCUCCGCAGCGCCGUGCAACAGGUGAACCAGUCGUACACACAGGGAAGUCAAUUCUACUCGUCGUCCUCCGUCAUGCUCCUGUUACUGGACAUACGAGAUCGGAUUAACCGCCUUGCCCCUCCAUCUGCACCUGGCAAACCCCAGCUGGAUCUCUUUUCCUGUAUGCUAAAGCAUCGGCUCAAGCUGAACAACAGUGAAAUGAUCCGAGUCAAUCACGCCUUGGACAUGUACAGCACAGAGAUACUAAAACAAUCAGAUCACCUGACUGCAAAACUGUGUUGAUUGCUUUAAAAUGUCAAAGUAAGUAUGGAAAACAAUGCAGAAAUACCGCCACAAAUGGACUGAACCUCUGGGGUGGGCUCUUGUUUCAUUUUUUUUCCUUUUGCCUUUUUUCCUUUUUGGACCUUUUCUGCCUUUUUGAUGUAAUUCAAACUUUGUAAGGAUACUUCAUAUAAAAAGGUGGGGGGGGGGGUUGGGGGUGGGAAUGGCUGAAAAAGCAUCACUGAAAGGAAGAAAUUAACCAGAAGUAAUAUAAAAGGACUGUAACAUAUCUGUCCAAGCAUGUCUGUCACUCUCUCAAAGAACUUUAUCAGAGAAAGAGAUUAAAAAAAAAAACACUAUGAUAAAGAGGCCUUGACUGGAACGUUGUAUCUGAAACUGCCAUUCUUCUUUACCUGGGGAAUUAAAAAAAAAAAAAAAAAAAAAAUUUUAACAAAAAAAAAAAAAAAAAAUCAAGUGGGCAGACCAGAAACCUUUUAUUUCUGCUAACAUGCAAAAUAAAAUUGUUUAUAUUCACCCUGAAGAUUUAAAACAGCCCUACAGCGUGUAACGUAGCCAACACAUUUAUUAUAGAGUCUUUAUUACUUUUCCAACCCUGAGCGAGUCGGUGAGUUAUGAAGCACUCGGUCAUCGGUCUGACAUGCAAGGCACAUGCAGCAGGCCACUAAUGGAUAGUCACGUCAAAUAACAAAAAGCCAGCUGUUUAUAAAUAUAUAUAUAUAUAUAAAUAUAUAUACUUACCGUAUAUUGUGUGUGUCUGUGUGUGGGUGUGUAUACGUGUGCGCGUGUGUAUGUGGAUGCAUAAUGUUUUUUUUUUUUUUUCAUUUGCUUGAUAAUUGAAUCCGUCCAAUUUUAAAUUGGAAGCGCUUUUUGACGUGUUUUCAGUUUGUAUUGAUUUUUUUUUUGUUCUUGUGGAUUCAUAAGGCACUACCUUUACUGCAGCGUGAAUGCAACAUCGUCGUGGAUUUAAUAGUCAACGCUAAUUUUGUAGCUUUACGUAAAAUGGACAAAUAAAGAAAUUAAAAAUAUAUAAAAUGUUGUGACAGCUGGUUUGUUGAGCUUUUUCUCGGGCACCAAAAUGUUAGCGUUCAUCAUUCAGGCACACUGACGAAAAGCCAUAAACGCCCCCACGCCCUCCAUCCCCAACUAGAAUAAUUGUCCGACCCAUUUCAUUUUACACAUACAAGAGAGUGAUUUGUAUCUCUCCAAGUUGAUUAUUGAAAAAAGCACAGCAAACUUGAUGUUGGCUAGCCAUUGAAUUUCUGUUGCGCUACAAAAAAAAUUACUUGAAACCUAAAACCUCAGCAUAUAUUUCAAUCUGGAAUCCUUACACUAUGUUUUUUUUUUUCUUAAUUAUUUCAACAUGACCCUAUAGUGUUGUAUAGUUUUGAUUUUUAUUAGUUAUCCCCAAUGUCUAUGUAUAUAAUUCAAUUUAUUAGACAUGGAAAUUAAAUCUCUCGCGUGUUUGCUGGGGAAGCCCGUUGACCUGGUGUCUUAAUUAUUUUAUUGGCGCACACAAAAAAUAUCUAAAUAUGACCCCUACUGGGUUGCAGACCAACUUGAGAUUUUAGUUUAUCUUGCUAUGGAUUGCUGCUUUACUGUUUAGUGUGACACUAAGUCUUGUGGACAUUGCGGAGGCACGUAUUUAAUACCUGAAUUUGCAAUUUACAGUACAAUGGAAAGUGGACCUUUUUUUUUUUUUUGCUCGUAUACACAGGUGAGUCUCUAGUGUGAAAUUACACAACCACGUAAAAAAAAAUUGUGAGCUAUCUAAAAUUUGUCUGUGAGCAAACCUUUCUGAUUUAUUUUUUUUUUUUUUGUGCGUGCAGAAUUUAUAUAAUCAGGCCUCCACAUCGAUUUUCUUGUUCCAUGACUUAGCAGGCAGACUAAGUGAAGCACAUACAAGUGUUUGACUAAGUUGUCAACAGAGGGGAAUUUUUGUCUGAGUCGGCUAAACUAUCUGUAAAGUUUAUUUGGCGGCUUGGUGAUAAUGAAGUGCUGCCUCCAUGACUGAAAAGAUCUUAUUUUAUACAUUUAUUAGUUGUCUAUGGAUCUUUACCUGUGCUUCGAAGUUUGGUCUUGCUUUUUGAGAAUGGGGCUCCAUAGGGAGCUCUGGCACGAGUCAUCAUGGUAGUGAAGUCUACACCCCACAGUCGAAGGGGUCGGCGUGGACAACACUCAUUUCAAAUCUUAUUUCAGCAACGCUACAAACAACAAAAAUAACACGAAACAAUCUUUGGGCUAUUUUUGUCAAAAGCCCGUCACAGACCUAAAGACUUGUAAUUGUUUUUAAAUUGUUAAAAAAAAUGUCUCCUCAACUUCAUCUUGUAAACAUCCAACAAUUUCCUUUGAUUGUGUUCUUUGUUCAUCUUGUGUGAUUUACCUAAUUGCAAAAUUCCAUGUGUGAUUCAAUUAUCAUUUGAAGUCUUACUGUCAAAAUUAAAAAUAUAAAGCCGUUACAAAAAAGGUUCCACCCCACAAAAAAACAACACUUUAAGUGCCAUUUUAUAGUGUUAGUUCAUUCCACUCAGCAAUGAAUUAUCAACUUAAUAGCUUGCUAAUAUGGACAUGGUAGAACGUGGCGUAACAACCGCAGUGCAGCGUUGCAUGCUAACAUUUAUCGUAAUGUAUGUUAGUUAAAUUUGACUUUUCAGACACAGAAAGCAAACAAAUUUUACGUUAAAUAACUCAAUGGUCUAUGUGUUUUUUAUCUUUGUUUGGCUUUUGUGGGUUUUUUUUUUCUAUUGCGAGGUACGCGGGGCCCUUUGUAGGCUGGUGUGCUAGUCCCGAAACUGUACCUGAACGGCUCAUGUGAUUUGUCUUCAAAACAGAAAAUGCAACAAAUAGUCCCCAUUUUCAUUGGCACUAGUUUGCACAAUUCGUAAGAAAUCCUAUCACAUAUUUCUUGUAUUUUAAGUCUACUCUUAAAGAGCAUUGCUGUUUAAAAAAAGAACAAACAUCAAAUUUUAUCACCCAAUUCUCCACUAUGGAUUUUACAAUAAUUUCCUUAUUCCAGUGACGUAAUUAGGCCAGCGUGUUAGCACCAAGGGGAGUUCUCAUGAGGUUUAUGACACUAUGAGACUGUUUGUACAUUAUCAGAACCAUUUUUGCAUUUGUUUACUUUUGUUGUUGACCCACUGCAAGGUCCAUAAAACAAGAAUUUGUGAGGACUUAAUUUUUUUCUACAUAUCACAAACUGACAGAGUAAAGCCAUUCUUGUAAGGAUUCGAUUACAGUCGCUCACGCUAGCCUAAGUUUAAAAAUAUAGCUAUUUUUCACAUUUAUUAGAGCGCCAUUCGUUAUGUUUAUGGCAAAUGAUAUGAUACAGAAAGUCAAACGGUAUCAAAGGUAAAUUCAUAAUCUGCAAAAAAAAAGUAUGAGUGAUAAAAUUUUGAGCCCAGGCAAAACCUGUUUGUGAAUGUUCCACUACUUGCGAUGUAUACAGUACAACUAAAUUAAUGGCAGUCAUUUACACAUCCCACAUUAUGCUAUAUAGUGUUGCUUAUAUGUAUCCAUUAAAUGUGUCCUAAUACCUUGCCGAUGUUAUGUCCCCCCUGCCCCCCUGUUAU